CAUUGUUGCUGCAAUCGACAAAGGCAAAGAUCAUAUGAAAACGUCGUUGCAGAGAGAUGGAGCUUCAGGCAUGUCUUCUGAAGUAGCACGACGCAAUCUACAAGGAGGAUCUGCUUCUAAUGGCAGCGGCCUUGACACUGAUGGCAACCUAAUUGUACAACAC